GCAACUUGCCAAAUAUAUACAGCGAGGAAGAGAGAGAGCGGUAGAGUCAAUGCUCUAAAAUUUCAACCAAGCCCUAAGAUUCUUUUGAAUUUUACGGAAAUUUGCUCUGUCUCUGUAAGUUUUCAGCUCUUUCUCUCUUCCAAUCAUUUUGCUUUUUUUGUUUCUGGUGUUUGAGUUGGAAAUGGAGAGAGAGCGAGAUCAUUCUGAUGAGCUGUCAGGGGAGAAAAAUAGGGAUGGCCCGCAUGAAAAAGCUCAGUUUUUUGAUAAGGGUAUUGAUUUUCUUGGAGAAAAAUCGGCAGAUAAAAUCAAUUCGAUCGGUGGUUUUGAUGAAAAGGCUAAACGGGCUGGGAAUUUAGGGAGUCAGGAGCUUACUCUUAGCUAUCUCUGCGAGAAUUCGAAACCGUUAUUUGAAAAAGAUGCUUCGUUGCUGAAUUCUUUUGAUAAAUUUAGCGGUAGGUAUAAGGGGAAAGAGAUAGCGGUAGCUGAGGAUCAAAAUGAAGGGGAAAAUAAUGUUUGGGUGGAAAGGGAUUUUCUUAGGUUGAACGAGAGCAGAGGGAAUUCAUCUAAGAGGGAGGCUGAGAAUGCUGAUAAUGAUGCUGAGAAUAGGGAGAAGAAGCCAAAGGUUGAGUCUUUGAACCUAUCUUUGGCUCUUCCUGAUGUUUCCCUGUCCUUGGCCGGGUCGAAUCGUGUUCAGAAUGGGGGGGAUCUUCCCUCUAGAUUGCGGCCUAGUAGGAGUGUUCAGUCAUUGGGGCCGUCGUAUAACAAUAAUACGCAGACGACUUACUCAAAUGACUUUACAGCAGCCUCGCUUUCCUACUCGUAUUCUCAUCCCCAUUCGCAUAAUCCUAGCUGCUCGCUCACUAGGAACUCGACUGAGAAUUAUGAAUACUCGGGUGGAAGUCAUAGGAGGGACUGUGAUCAGAUCUGGAAUUGUGGGGAGGGAACUAAUGGUUCUGUCCACAGCCGUUUUAGGCCGAUUGGAGAUGGCACUGUUGCAUUUUCCAAUCAUGUGGGUGGUGGAGGAGGGGUUGGGAUGGGUAAUCGCAAUGGAUUGAAUAAGGAUUCUAGUAACAAUAGUCUUUAUAGGACAGCUAGCUCUGAAAAUCUUUCAUUCUUCCCGUCUGAGCUGCCUGCUAGACCAGUGACAGAUGGUCAGUUGGGUGAUUCAAGGAGAAGAAACUUGGAGAACUUGAGAGAUUCAGAAGAUAUAGAUGUGGUGAAAGGGCGUAAGCUUUCACGACCUGAGAGAAUACUUAGGGAGAUUGUUUCGGAGUCUGUUCCUGUCAUGGCACAAGUAAUGCAGGAGCUCACCGAUGAAACAGUUGAAUCUGUUAAAGAGUACUUGAAGAAUGUCAUCGACAGCCCUGAGAGGAAAGAUGAAUUGGUGGCUUUCCAGAAGAGACUUGAGAGAAGAUCCGACCUUAGCACCAAUGAGACUCUCUCAAAGUGCCAAAAGAGCCAACUUGAAGUUUUGGUCGCGAUUAAAAUGGGACUAGGAAGCUUUUUACAUAGCAAGAACCGACUCCCAGUAUCUGAAUUAGUUGAUAUUUUCUUGCUUGAAAGGUGCCGGAACAUAAACUGCAGGCGGUCAUUACCUGUUGAGGAUUGUGACUGCAAGAUUUGCUCAACAAAAAAGGGAUUUUGCAGUGAAUGCAUGUGUCCUGUGUGUUUGAAUUUUGAUUGUGCCAGCAACACAUGCAGUUGGGUUGGUUGUGAUGCUUGUUCACACUGGUGUCAUGCGGCUUGUGGCCUUCAAAGAAACCUCAUAAAGCCCGGCCCCUGCUUGAAAGGGUCUUCGGGGGCAACCGAGAUGCAAUUUCACUGCCUUGGCUGCGGCCAUGCUUCUGAGAUGUUUGGGUUCGUUAAGGAUGUCUUCAUGUCUUGUGCCAAGGAUUGGGGUCUAGAAACCCUGAUCAAAGAGCUCGACUGUGUUAGGAAGGUCUUUGGAGGAAGCGAAGAUCGCAAAGGAAAGGAGUUGCAUAUCAAGGCUGAUGAGAUGAUCAGCAAACUUCGGAGCAAUAUCAUUACUCCUCCAGAAGUCUGCAGUUCUAUCUUCCAAUUUUUUAACUCUGCAGAUUCUCUCUUGGAGAUGGGUGCUUCAAACAUGCCUUCAAAAGAUUUGACCGAUCAACCGAGCUUUGCAAAAGAUGCUUCGACUCUCCCACCCUCCAACGCUCUUGCUCCCUCACCAUCUUUCUACAACAUGAACUCCUCGCGCGGGCGGCAGGAGUCAUCGCCCUUUGAUCCUUACCACAACGACGUAAAAGCUCCUCCCAUGAGUGACAAGAUUGUUGAGGAUGAAUGGUCGGUCAAGCCCAUAAAGAAGGACGGUUUUGACAGCUUGGCGAGCCUCGUGCGCAUCAAGGAAGCCGAAGCCAGAAUGUUCCAGAGCCGCGCUGAUGAGGCACGCACAGAGAUCGAGAAUUUCAGGCGGAUGGUGAGGCUGAAGACCGAGAAGCUGGAAGAGGAGUAUGCCGAGAAGCUAGCAAAGCUGUGUCUGCAGGAGACGGAGGAGAGGCGGAGGAAGAAGCUCGAGGAGCUCAAGAUGUUGGAGAAUUCGCACUGCGAUUACUACAAGAUGAAGAUCAGAAUGCAGUCGGAGAUCUCUGGAUUGCUCAAGAGAAUGGAAGCAACGAAGCAACAGUUAGUUUAAUUAUUGUUUCCUAUAUUAGGCUCAGAUGCUCUGUUUUGUUUUGGAAGAAACCAAGAUUUUUGAAUACUCUGUUUCAACUUAUGUUUUGCUUGUAUGAUUUCGAACACCAAAUUGUUUAAUGAUCAAGCAAUUGUGACAGAGAAA